AGGAAAUGGCCGUGGUCAGUGUCACCUCGCACUGCACUGAAGACAUAGAGCGCGUUAUUCUUGUGUGCAGAGGCGGCGCCACAGUGUGAAGUGAUGAAAGCUCUAUGUAGUAUGGACAGUACAGGACAGCACCCUACACAUCAACAAGCUUUCCCAUUAAACACCUAAUAGGCAAAGAGAAGGGGACAGAAAUGAAACGCCUAACCCUUGCCUAAGGGGAUAUUCACACUGAGUUUUUUGGUGUGCUGAAAAGUAACUGAUGCGGAAUCUGCUUCAGGAUUCCGCAUGUUUGUUUGGAUGUGUUUUUGUUACGGAUUUUCAAAGCCAGGCCCAUUGAAGAUUGUACAACCUACCUCACCUGCACCCCUUCCCUUCCCUUCCCAGUGCUGUUUUGGACAAGUUGUAUUUGGUUUUCACAAUAACCUAUUAGAUCAGUAUUAUGGCUGAUCCCGGUACCUCCCGGGGACGCCAGGAUCGGACAGUCAAGGUUCGCAUGUCGGAAAUGCGACUGUUGAUGAAAAUAAUCAUCAAUGUUGUUCGGCGACGGCGCUGGCAGGAGGAAGAAGCAAGACGUCGCCAACGUCGUCGCCGCUAUUGGGUCCACCCAAUAAAUCGUUUGCGCUAUGAAAGGGGCCAUAUUGGACAGCUAUACAGCGAAUUACGAAGCUUUCCACAAAAAUUUUUUGAUUUCGUGCGGAUGCCAAUUAAUGCUUUUGAUAGGCUGCUGGAAAUUUUGUCAGAACAUUUAUGUCGUCAGGACACCAUCAUGAGGAGGUCCAUCACGCCAAUGGAGAGGCUGCUCAUCACCUUGAGAUUCUUGGCUACAGGGGAGAGUUUUGCAUCGUUGCAUGUCCAAUUCCGAGUUGGUAAAUCUACCAUAUCCGGAAUUGUCAGGAGCACAUGCCAUGUGAUCUGGCAGUAUUUGCAACCCAUUUCAAUGCCUAGUCCGACCCCAGAGAUUUGGUUGCAGGUGGCAGCAGGCUUUCAGUCUGUGGCCAAUUUCCCUAAUUGCAUAGGUGCUGUCGACUGUAAGCAUCUACGUGUGCGCCAGCCACCGCACUCAGGAUCACGACACAUCAACUACAGGAAGUACUUUUCUGUGGUCCUGAUGGCAGUCGCUGAUUCCACGUACAAGUUUGUUGGUAUCGCUGUCGGCGCCUAUGGAAGCACUGAGGACUCCCGGGUGCUAUUAAAAUCGGAAUUAGGGAGGCAAGUACUGCAAGACCAGGUGACUCUUCUUCCACCACAACCUCUUCCGGGUACCACAGAUCCAGCCCCAUUCGUUAUGGUAUCCGAUGAGGCUUUUCCGCUGAUGACCAACCUGCUGCGCCCAUACCCACGAAGAAGACUGGAUGCCCGAAAGAGAGUCUUCAACAUGAGGUUGAGCCAGGCACGAUGCUUUGUGGAGGGCACCUUUGGGAUGUUGACUAGUAAGUGGAGGGUCUUCACCAGUGCAAUGCAGUUGGAUGAGGCCACAGUUGACGAGGUCAUUAAAGCUGCCUGUGUUCUCCACAACUAUGUGCGUGACUAUGACAGUACCAACAUGGACAUGGAGACACAGUCUGCUUUUGGUGACCAAAAUGUCAACUGGGGCUUGGGUAGGCCAUCCAACCGCGCUAUGCUGGUGAGAAAAACCUUUGCGGACUACUUCAUGAGUCCUGAAGGUGCCGUGUCUGGGCAAUUUGACAGCCUCCGUGAUGGGCAACCACACCAGGAGUGAUGAAUCUUCUCAUGUUGGACAGCACACCAUCUUUGUAUUUCAUUUCUCUUGGCUGCUUCUUUCAACAGAAUAUUGAUCUCAAGUAUGGACUCAUUCCACAGUGGACUAUUGCCUUAGGCAUUAUUAUUCUAUCUGAACUUUUUGACUUUUGGCCUGUGAAUAUUUUUCUGUUGUCCAACUGCCCCCACACACAUUACAUUGCCACAUGGUGGUAUACGUUUGUUAUAAUAAAUAUUAUUUUGAAUAAUGAGAA